AUGGAGUUGAGACCGCUUCCUCUCGAGGCUACCUGUAUCAUGUGUCCACGCCGCGGAACCAAAGUGUGCUCCAGCUGCAAAGACGCCCGCUAUUGCUCCAAGAACUGCCAAAAGCUUGACUGGAAGAAUCAUAAAAUCAUCUGCCCAUCCUUCCAGGAACCCAAACCUCAAGUGACAGAAGCGAACGGGCGAAUAGACGGUAUUUUCUACGACUUUCUCCCUGAAGUUGGCUUGGUAGAUUUUAGGCGGGCACUCGUCUUCCCUGGCGACAAGCAACCACCCAAAUUUGUCUGGGUCAAGACCUGGAUCGUGCAUGGAGGCUCUGAGACAUUUGAUUCGAAGCCAUUCUUUGACCAUGCUGGGGAGACUGAUUGUAUUUACUUGGCACACAACAGCAUCCAAGCGCGGGAUGCAUGUCGUGAUGAAAAGGAUCUUCUCAGAUUCUUCUUCAAGGACGAUACGUCCAAAGAACCACCGAACCUGGCCGUGCAAGCUUUCACCCGGUCAGGAGCCUGCUCAAAAUACCUCAAAGGUCCAAUAAUUCUCAUGUGUGGCACUGUUGGCGCUCGUGGGCACGACCACUUUCGAGAUGUCGAUAUGCGCGAUUCACGAAGUGCCGCAGACUUCUUCAGCUCGGCAUACCGUUCGGGAUACGGAGACUCGUGUCUUCUGGAGAAACGCUUUGUGACGACGGCGAUCGCAUGCCCCGAAGACAUCACGAGCUAUCAGCUUGAAGGAAAGUACCACCAGCAGGUCUUCGAUGGCUGCGAUUCCGUCUUCCAAGCAGAGGGUAGUGGCAUUGCCAACCUUUUGGGAAUUCCGAUUCUGAUCCGGUCCCACAUUCCACCGAAACCAAAACGCAAUCAGUACGGCGCUUGGAUUCCCCAGGACGAAGAGAAUGAACCCACAGACGUUGGUCCUGACAGCGUCGAUGCACUGUUUCUCCUGCGAGAUAUUACCUCGACAACCACUGGCCGUCAGGAAACAACAGCUUCGAUGCACAGAUUUCGAACGAAUGAUAGAGACUAUGCGGGCACGAAUGGGUUUGGGUCAUCCCCCAAGGCCUCACGGAGGUCGGGCUCCUUUUCUCUCGUCCGCGCUGACGGAUUGCCACUUCUUUCUCUCCACGUUGAAGCACUUGUCGGUUACAUUCGUGACGAAGUCGAGCCGCGCUUGUCACAUGCGUUGGCAGGGACUGCUUCUGGUGGUGUCGUUGCUAGUCGAGAAGCUGUACUCAAUUCGAUCACCCAGGCCGACUUCUCCAGAUACUUCGAUGCUUUCAAGGCCGCAAAGACACUUCAUGAUCACAUUGUGGCAUUCAUUCCUUCUCCAUACGCCAUGUCAAAGGAAUUUCUUGCAGACAUGGAGCGUCAGGCGGACAUUAUAUGGGAGGACCAGAAGGCGGCCGGUUUUAAACAGGAGAGUGAGCAUGAACCUGUUCAGCAGCCUGGAGUGAUUUACCUCUGA